AAUCGUACCCUAUGCGACAUGCUUGGCACUCUUGAUCAGGACAGGAAGAAGAAUUGGAAGGCUCAUGUUGGACCACUCGUCCAUGCCUACAACUGUACCCGCCACGAAUCAACAUCAACAGCUCCAUUCUAUUUGAUGUUCGGGAGACACCCUAGACUACCUGUGGAUUUAGCUUUUGGCUUGGACAUAGAGACACAAGGUACCAAGUCCACCACCGAGUACACCAAGUCAUUGAAAGAUCGCCUCAGACAAGCCUAUGAGCUAGCUACUACAGCAGCAAUGAAAUCACAAUCCAAGCAGAAGAUUGGCUAUGAUCACAGAGCCAGAGCAGCCAUGUUAGAGCCAGGAGACCGGGUCUUAGUGAAGAUCGUUGCCUUUGAAGGUAGACAUAAGUUAGCUGACAAGUGGGAGGAAGAUGUUUAUGUCGUGCUACGCCGACCCAACCAGUCUUUGAAGUUGGUAAGGAAAAUGGUGAGGAGCGGAAGAGAAUUUUGCAUCGUAACCUCCUGCUGCCAGUUGGUUCUAUGCCUAGCCUUGGUGUGCCAAUACCCAAACCAAGACGACAGAGGACACUGCCAGUAGCACCAGUUGCUAGGACAACAGAAAGCAACGACGAUGUUUCAUCGGAUGAGGAUACUGUUGUUGAGUAUGCCCACCCUCCACAAGCUUCAGUGUCCACUGAUAUACCAGUGGAUGGGCCAACUGAAGAGGAACCAUCAGAGACUGUAUCUGAAGGAGAUGGAACUCCUAUUGCAGAGGGGGAGGAAGAGCCAACUGAGGAUGCUGUUCAGCAUGUUGAGCAGAUUCGUGAAGAAGAUGGCGCUACUGGGACAGAUCAUGAUGAUGACAAUGACAAUGAAGAAAGAGAGCAACAGCCAACUCCAGAGAUAACCACUCCUGUUCCACGUCCACGGCAGUCUACUCGGACCCGGACACAGCCGAAAUGGAUGAAGAGUGGAGAGUUUGCUCUCUCUGCAGUUGCAGAUCGGGACUGGCGUACGCGAGCCAACUAUCUCAGCUCACUUCAAGCUGACGGAUUGUUCCGAGAACAGCAGCACCGACUUUCUGAUGCCAUCUUGGAUCUUGUCACUGGCAAGGUAAAGUGACGUGGACGUCAUUUUUUGAUGGAGGGAAGUAUGUGGCCUAUGUAGUUUUUGUAUAUAUUUGUUUUAAUUUCAUUUUAGGUUUUUACGUAUAUUUAUUAUAUAUAACUAGUUGUCCGUUACAGUCAGCUAUAACAAAGUGUAUCUGACCUGUCUUACCUACUAACUGCCCCAUGGCCAGAAGCUUCAUUUGCUGAUUGGCCAAGCUAACACCUAUUGUUAAACUGCAUGCUUUGAUUACACUGCAUACUCUCUCAGCACAUAAACUGACAGAACUGCUCAGACCAGCAAAGGAUAAAGAGACAAUAUUAAAUCAGAUAAUCUAUGGUGUUGCCAUACGUGUGGCAGUUGGGAUCCACACCCUUGUAUCACCCACAGGGGUGUAUGAUAUAUAGAUCCUUGAUCACACUCAACGCAUCGCAAUAAAGACCUCAACCCCGUA